CUUAUCUGUUCGAUUUGUAACCCAAGAGUUAAAAAGACGAGACUUUGGCGUUCCAACGUCAGCGCUUUGGGAUUACAUUUUUUGCGGCUUCUCUUUUUUUGGUGGCCAGAUUUAUUUUUAAAGUAGUAGACAUCUUCAUUGGCUCUUCUUUUUCUUUUUGCCCUCCGUAACAGCAUCUGAACGGACAGCAGAGAUUGUCUUCUCACCACCACAAUGCCUAUCUCCUCGCUAUUCACACCGGUCAAGGUCCCAGACGCCGAUACAUGGACGCACUACGUGGAGGCGCCCAGGAAUUACCCUGCCGACAAGCCCAUCUUUGUCGAUUGUGACACUGGCAAAUCUUACUCUCACAGCGACGUCAAGCGCCUGGCCCUUGAAUUCGGCAAGGGCCUCAGCCAUGUGCUCAACUGGAAAAAGGGCCAUGUCAUGGGCCUCUUCACGCCCAACAACAUUGACGUGCCGGUAGUCAACUUCGCCGUCCACUGGGCCGGCGGCGUGGCGAGCCCUGCCAAUCCCACGUACACGCCCGAGGAGCUGGCGCAGCAGCUCAAAGACUCUGGCGCAAAGGCUCUCAUUACGCAGAAGCCGUUCUUGGACAUUGCGCGCAAGGCGGCGGCGCUGGCGGGCUUGUCGGCGGAGAGGAUCUUGCUGCUGGGAGAGGGCCGGGAUGAGACGGGAGUUCAUAGGCAUUGGACGGAUAUCACUGCCAGGGGGGCAAAGGUGCAGCCUCAGAAGGCGGUGAUUGACCCCAAGAAGGAUCUGGCGUAUCUCGUCUACAGCUCGGGAACCACCGGACUACCCAAGGGCGUGAUGCUCACCCAUUACAACAUCGUUGCUCAAGCCAUGCAGAUGGGCCGCGAGGAGAAGCUCCUGAACUACGACUCCGACUCCCAACUUGGCCUUCUUCCAUUUUUCCACAUCUACGGCUUAAUGGUCGUGUUGGGCACAACCAUGAGCGUCGGCGUCACCUGCAUCGUCCUGCCCAAGUUCGACGUCGAAAAGGCCUGCCGCCUCAUCCAGGACCACCGCCUCACCUUCAUGUACGUGCCGCCGCCCGUCGUGCUCGCCCUGGGCAAGCACCCAGUCGUGUCAAAGUACGACUUGUCGUCGAUGCGCUGGAUCAACUCGGCCGCCGCGCCGCUGAGCAAGGAGCUGGCCGUGGCGGUCUGGGAUCGCCUAAAGAUUGGCGUCAAGCAGGGCUAUGGCCUUUCCGAGACGUCGCCUGCGUGCAUGGUGCAGCUGUCGGAGGAGUGGAUGAAGUUCCAGGGCUCGGUGGGAAGGCUGUUUCCCAAUAUGGAGGCCAAGAUUGUGGAUGAGGACGGCAAGGAGCUGGGUUAUAACGAGGCCGGCGAACUUCUCCUGAAAGGACCAAACGUUUUCCCGGGGUAUUGGAACAGGCCUGACCUCCACAGCGAAACCUUUACCGACGGCUGGUACCGAACAGGCGACAUCUUCUACUGCUGUCCCCAGGGCCAUUUCUACAUUACAGAUCGCAAGAAGGAGCUCAUCAAGUACAAGGGCUUCCAAGUCCCCCCUGCAGAGCUCGAAUCCAAGCUCCACGGCCGCGAAGACAUCGCCGACGUCUGCGUCAUUGGCGUCUGGGACAAGGAGCAGCACACCGAGAUCCCGCGCGCCUACGUCGUGCUCAAGCCCGGCGUCGCGGAGACAGAGGCCACGGCCAAGGACAUCAUCGAGUGGCUCAAUGCCAAAGUUGCGCCGCCCAAGAAGCUGCGCGGGGGCGUGCGCUUCAUCAAGGAGGUGCCCAAGUCGCAGGCGGGCAAGAUUCUGCGGAGGGUGCUGAAGGAGCAGGCCAAGAAGGAGGAUGAGGCGGAGACGCCAAAGGCGAAGCUGUGAGGGGGUGGAUGGGCGCGCGAGCAAAAGCGGGCGUUGGGAGGGCUGUGGUGUGUAUUGAUAUAUCAAUGUAUUUUAUUUGUUUGAAAUUCUUUACAUAUUAUUGUACAAUUUGGGUCGUGUAUGACCCAUUCGAUGCCCCCAUCUAGUAUCCAAUCGACAAGCCUACAUGAAUGAGAUUCCGUCUCGUCUAUCCGUGUAUAUAUAUCCCGGUGCUUAUAGCAGUAAAUGAUCCCACCAGAUUGUACAACUGAUCCUAAUGUCAUCAGCCUGAUUUUGAAUAGGCGAAAUCAUCCCAUUCUCUCCGCCUCUUCUAGCAGCUUCUCAAUGCUGAAUCUCGGGUCGCCGUUGGUAAACCACUCCAAUAGCUUUUGCCUCUCUUCCGCCCUCUCUUUCCUCUGUCCGUCCAGCUCGUCGCCCUUUUGCUCCCAUCCACCGUAGAAUCGCUGCAAGCACAUGACCAGCCACUUUGCGUGGUCCGGCUGCACAUUCCUCCCCUCCAUGACCUGUCCCUGCAUCAAAACCAGGCCCUUAUCCUUUAUCAAGUCGAGGUGAUGCGUCACCGUGGUGUGUGGCUGCGCAAACUCGCCUCGGGCCUUGUACUCGGCCAGCUGCGUGAACAGCACCGUGCUGGUCUUGGACGCCGC